AUGAACGGUGGCCGGCCCCAUCUUGCGCAGAAGAUGGUGACACACAGCUGGCGAAACAUUUUCAGCCACCUCAUUGCAGCGAUUGUUGCCGAUGCCCUGGACGUGGAGAAAUACGAUGAGAUCGCCAAGCUCCUGGUGAACCGCAAAUUCUCCACUUUGAGUGAUGCCCUGCGCAGGAAAAACUCCCUGGAUGUCCGCUACUGGGUCUGUGCAUUCUCCGUGAACCAACAUGCUGGAAUUUGUGCGACGCCGCCACCGGUAGACUCGACUGGACAUGCGAUAGCCCCCUGCAGAUGCACGACGCCCAAGCAUUUCGCCGGUGAUCUUAGCGAGAUGAACAAAUUCGACGACAUGAUGGCCUUCCUCAAGAGAUCCCUACGCCAGCAGGGUCAGGUUCGCUUGGAACAAGUGAUUGCGCUCGAGAAGGAUUUCGGGCUCCUGACACGCGUAUGGUGUGUUGCUGAGCUAGCCGAAGCGAAUGAGCUGCACUUGCAACAG